AUGGUCACUAUUCUUACACGGUAAGGUUCAAGUGCUACUAUCAUAAUAUAUGAUGCUAUUCUGAAUUCAAAUGUUAAAAAUAUAAAAAUCUAAAUUCAUUUUGAAGUUUUAAAAUCAUUCUUUUACUAGUCUUUUAGAAGUCCACUACUAUUUCAAAUCCUCGCUGAACAAGAUCUGUGUUCAGAUAAAGUAAAUAAAGUUCUGAGCCGAAUACAUGACCUGGCUGAUAGUGCCAAUAUCAACAUGAUAGCACAGUUGGUCAUAUUUGCUGAUGUGAUGGUAGUAAUCUCAGGAAAGGACGAGAUCAGCUUGUUUUGGGCCGUAUUUCUUUGUAUUUUACAGGUUAAAACAUAUAAUUAUAUGUUGACGUCACACAAAUAAGCGUUAAUUUCGAGUAUUUAUUAUACUUACUGGAUCUUUUUUAUUUAAAGGUCUAUAUUAUUUUUAUGUUGUCAUAAAAACAUGUUUCAGUGGGCAUUGGGAGAAGUUCAUAUGCUGAUGGGUGACUACAACUUUCCCCCGCCCUUGUACUCGUUGAGUAUCAUGGAGCUGAUGAACUUUAUUUGUUGGCUAGCCUUUUUUGGACUUGUAUAUGUUGGUCGGACCAAGUAUCGGCAUCAGAAAGCGGGCCACGUCAAUGAUAAGUACAAGGUAUGGUUUUUUAAUAAAAGAAAGAUUUGAUUUAAUGAAGUCUUUUUUAACAUAUAAGGUAAAAGCAGACUUCAAAAUAUUUUUAAAGUAUUAUAAUUUCAUCUUGUAGCUCAGUGUAUGUCUUCGCACAUUCGUUGUACUGAAGGUAAUGGCAGUUUGCAGUGCCAUAAGAAACUUUAUCUGCGUUAAUGUGGUCAUAUCGUUAUUUGCAUGGAUUUUCCCAAAGUAAGUUUCUAGCUUGGCAACUAGAUAACAAAAUUUUAAGCGUUAGACUCUUAAUAUAAAUAACACUAUAAGGUAUACCAAUAUACCACUUUCUCCAAUUUUUCGUAAUUGUUACAGUAAUGACAAAAACGCUCAACGACUAAUAUCAUUCCUCUACGAUCUCACAAUAGCCGUAUAUGCAGCUGUAGUGCCAUUUUUAAUGAUAUGGAGUCACGAAGAAAUGCAGCGAACAUAUGGGUUAGAGUUUACAGUUUUUUAAAUAAUUCAUGGUCAAAUUUUCUUUAAAUUCUCGCAAAACUCAAGCUUACGGAUGUUUUAGACGACUAUGUUCACCUACAACAAUAUCUGAAGUUACGACAAUCUCUCAACAAACCUUUGUCGCCAAGAAUGUUGUUGGAGAUGUGAUAACAAAUCCAAGUGCUCCAGACGAGACAGUCUACCGUUUCCAAGAGCUCCAGAACAAUUGGAAUACCAAAAGACUAUCUGCAGAACAUGUGUCACCACAUAGCAAGCAUCCAACUCAACGUGCUGUUUCUGUCGAUCCUUUGGUUACUAUAUAUAAUCCAAAAGCUUAA